UAUAGGUGUGGCGCUGCCGCAGUGUUUGUCCCUGCCCGGAUGCCAUAGGCGAGUUCUCUCCCAACAGCAACAACAACACGGAGCUGCUAGAAGGAGAUAACUUCUGCUUUCACUGCGCUGCACUGAUUUCAAUAACUGUUAAGAAUGGCAUAGCUCAGUGUUUUUGCCGUGACAGUUACACUUGCUUUAUCUGAGUUUAUUUAUUCAGCUUUGCCGCACACACGUCUCUGCGACUUUCUUCUGCGAGUUGCAAUGGGCAGUUUUGGAGUUAUAACAAGCUCUUGAAACCAGACACAGGAUCCACUUAUUUCCUGGAGUGAACAGAAGACAGGGCUCUGAAGAAUGAUAAUAAAGAUGCCUUCACUGUCCAGUGGAAUAGAGACUCCCCAGUGAUGGAGAACAGAGAGGAGAGCUCUGCAGAUGAGCAGGACCCCACACCACCAGAACGAGGCCUUUUCCACAUCUGGCAGUCAGCGGGCCCCAGCAAGCAGCUCGGUCCACAGAGUGUGCUGCUCUCCAGACCUGUGGUGCAGGCUGCUCUAGGCGAACACCAUGGAAUCCUUCUAACACUGGGUGGUCAGGUAUAUUCAUUUGGAGAGCUGCUGUGGAGGGAUCUGAGCAUCCCAGCAUCUAAUCCAGUGCUGGAGGUGACUCUGCUCGGGAAAAUGGUGGUCCGUGUGGCUGCUGGUGGCUUCCACUGUGGAGCACUGAGUGAGCAGGGCGGUGUCUACAUGUGGGGGGAGAACACUGCAGGACAGUGUGGGCCAGCUGAGGGGGGUACAGUCACAAACAUGACAGUUUCAGAGCCGUACCCAGUCAGUGUUGUGGACAGUGAAGUUAUUCCUCCAGCAGUGGUUCGGGUUGUGGAUCUGGCCUGUGGACGGGAGCACAGCCUGGCUCUGUCAUCCCAGAAUGAGCUCUGGGCCUGGGGCAGUGGCUGCCAGCUUGGCCUGGUCACAAACAGUUUCCCUGUGUGGAGACCACAGAAGGUGGAGCACUUGGCUGGAAGAUGUGUAAUUCAGGUGGCUUGUGGUGCCUACCACAGUCUGGCCCUGGUUCGCAGUUUACCUCCUCAGAACUGUACCCAGAAUCUCUCUGAGAAGCGGGAGCGUGGCCAGUCACCUCACUGCUCAGUGACAGAGGAGGAGGAGCUUCUUCCACCUGAUGAUUCUCACUACUGCCCGCUGGGGGUGGAGUUGGCUGAAGUCAUGGCAGGCGAGACUUCUCCCAGGAGAAGAGGCCCCAGACAGAGGCUCCAUCCUCGGGGAAGGUCAGCUGGCAGCAGUCCUGGUUCUGGAGCCAGUUUGUGCCCAUUUUUGGAAGAUGGCAAAUCAAAAACCAAACAGAAGAAUUUUCCAGUUAGUGCCCAUCUUGAGCCUGAUGGGCACACUGACCCUCUGAGUCAGACAGACGGCAGCCCCAAGUCCCACGUGUUGUCAGGCUGGAAAGCCAAUAAGAACUCAACUUUCCCUGACGAGAUGGAGAUUCAGAACCUCCUCCAUAAACUUUCUGAUCAUUCACUGGAGAUGCAACACACCACCGGGCCAGGGGAUAGUGACUCGCUGAGCAGUCAUACUUCAGAUGACAGCUGUGUGUCCUCAACUCCUUCCACGGACCUGUUUACUUGCAGUUACAAAGAUGAUUUGCUAAUUAAGAGUCAGACAAGCAGCAACAGUGGAGUGUCUGGGACAUACUCCUCCUCCCCAGUGUGUUUGGAAGAGGUUCGGCUUUGUGUGGAGGCAGAGAGGAAGGCACUGCAGGGGCAGAAGAGCUCCAGUCUCACAAAUCUACACCAGAAUGGUCAAAGUGCAGCAAACAGGAGACGGUCACUGCCUGGGACACCCACCCAUGGGUCUCCACGGCGACGGCAGCCUUGUGCCUGCAGAACGCCAUCUGCUGGUCGCAUGCAGGCUGCAGCACCAGAGGAUGUAGGAGACAGGCUGCCAUCUCUGGAGACAGAAGUGUGGAGCUGGGGCCGUGGGUCUGAGGGGCAACUAGGCCACGGAGAUCAACUUGAUGUAGGAGACAGGCUGCCAUCUCUGGAGACAGAAGUGUGGAGCUGGGGCCGUGGGUCUGAGGGGCAACUAGGCCACGGAGAUCAACUUGCCAGACUCCAGCCUCUGUGUAUCAAGUCUUUGACAGGCGAGGAAGUGAUCAAAGUUGCUGCAGGGUCACACCAUUCAUUGGCCCUGACUGCUCAGUGCCAGGUGUACUCAUGGGGCAGCAACAUGUGUGGACAGCUCGGUCAUGUCAACAGUCCUGUCACUGUUCCUCAGCAGGUGAAGCUGUCUGAUGGUCUUUGGGUUUGGGACAUGUCUGCCGGUCAAAGCCAUUCCCUCCUCUUGGCUGACGGAGACUGUGUCCAGCCGAUCCUGUUAUACUGUGGCCAGCAGCAAGAGCCAAUGUCAGAGCAGAGUGGAAGGUCACUCCAGAGUCAAAGGUCAUGUCAGAGGUCACCCAACAGGGCAGAGAGUUAUACAGUCAGACCGACCCUGCUGCCUUUCUGCAUGGAGAUGGGUUACAUUAGCAGUGUGUGCAGCGGAGGUCAGAACUGUGCACUGUUGGCGGACCAGAACAUCAUGGGCUUCAUUUCUGCUAUCCACGAGCUCGCCUCCAGAGAGCGACACUUAUACUGCUGGUUGAGCAGCGUCAGGAAGCUCCUUCUCACACCGUUACGCAUUAGAGAGGGUGUGUGUCCAUCAUUAGGUGAGCCAUGCACUCAACUCUUCUUCUCUCUCAGUGAGAGUUUUGUCCGUCUGAGUGCCCUGAUUGGUCGACAUGCCACGUCACUCAGCUACUUCCUGCAUGACGUGCAAAGCCGUAAUGUCACUUCCCUUCCACUGCUGACGCACACUGAGCACUUCCUGGACAUUUAUAAAGAAUAUUGUUCUGCAGUAGGUGACUUCCAGGUAAUGGGUGGAUUCCAGUCACUCCAGAAACUCUCACUUGAGUGUUUAGGCUCUCGGCAGACCAUCCUCGCUCAGCUGCCUGUUGCAGAUCAGUCUGCUAGUGGUGAUACUGAUCUGGUGUCACUGUUGUACUGGCCUCUGCAGCAGCUCCACCAGUAUAGCCGACUUCUGCUUAAACUGGCAACAUGUUAUGAUGUGUUAACUAUGGAGUACCAGGGCCUCCAGCAGGGCUGUAGUCAGUAUGAGUUCCUGUCAUUGUCCCUACUGAGAAGGAAGAAAGAAGCUGAAUCCACCUUCCUCUUCUGGAAGAGCCACUCUGGAAAAAAUACUGAGGUUCUGCGUCUCCCACAGCGCCGUGUGGUGUGUGAAAGCAGCAACAGAUCUCUGACUCUGCAGAACGCCGGGCGAUUCUCCAACCACUGGUUCAUACUUUUCAACGACGUGUUUGUGCACACACAGUUCUCCACACAUCAUGUCUAUCCCCUGACCUGUCUGUGGGUGAAACCAGUUACUGAAGAUGGCAGUGGGAUCUGUGCCAUCAAAAUCACAUGUCCAGAGGGGAGUUUCACAGUGGUGGCCUCAACACCACAGGAAAAGAACAAGUGGCUGCAAUCUCUUAACCAGGCAGUGGAUCAGGUGCUGGGUGGUGGAGGUCAGGGGUCAUCGCCAGUGCAGACGGCGAUGUCCCGUACAGCUUCCUACACGUUCACUGGAGAGGGACGGUUUAAAGAUGCCCAGUAUACCGGGUGCUGGCUGGCAGGACGACCUCAUGGCAGAGGAACCAUGAAGUGGCCAGAUGGACGGAUGUACAGCGGGAGCUUUAAGAAUGGUCUGGAGGACGGCUAUGGGGAGUGUGUAAUACCUAACAAAGUGCUGAAUAAACCAGACAGCUACCAAGGCCUCUGGAGAGAUGGAAAGAUCCAUGGUUUCGGCAAAUACAAGUAUGCCAGCGGCGAGGUGUAUGAGGGCUGCUUCUGUGAUGGCCAGCGUUAUGGUUAUGGCAUGCUGAGCUCUGGUAAACUGGCCAAGGCUUCCUACAGCGUUUUCAUUGGCCAGUGGAUUCAGGACAGGAAGACAGGAUAUGGAGUCUACGAUGACAUCACCAGAGGGGAGAAGUACAUGGGACUGUGGCUGGAUGACCAGCGGCAUGGCAGUGCUGUGGUCGUCACCCAGGGCGGGCUGUACUAUGAAGGGACCUUCAGAGAGAACAAGAUGAGUGGUCUAGGUCUGUUGGUGUCAGAUGAUGACACUGCUUUCCAUGGAGAGUUUUCUGAUGACUGGACUGUCAGCGGGAAGGGUGUGUUGUCCCUGACUAAUGGGGACUGUUUGGAGGGCCUGUUCAGUGGGGACUGGAGCACAGGGCUGAAAGUGAUUGGGACAUAUACCAAACCAGCCAUCGAUGAACCUGACAGCAGAGAAAGGAACAACCUGUUGAGGGUGGGCCAGCAUGCAGUGACUGCAGGUCAGAGAUGGGGCUGUGUGUUUGACGAAUGCUGGAGUCGACUGGGCUGCGACGUUGCAGGGAGAGGAGAGUGGGCUGCAGCCUGGGAGAACAUCGCUGUUAUGAUAACAGCUGCACGGCGACACAGCCCAGACCUCACUAGGUCUCAGAGAAAAGUCCUGGAGUGCUUGGAGUUGAUUCCACAGCACAAAGACCCUGUGACAACUGCAAACUAUGACAACAUACGAAGAUAUCUCAUCAAGGCAUGUGAGACCCCCCUCCACCCUCUGGGCUGGCUGGUGGAGACGUUGGUGACGGUCUACAGGAUGACUUAUGUCGGUGUGGGAUCCAACCGCCGGCUUCUCAGGCAGGCCGUCCUGGAGGUGCAGGCUUACCUCACUCAUUUCUACAGCAUUGUCAGGUUUCUGUUUCCAGGGCUACCAGCUGAUGGUGGCAGCAUCCCAGACCCCACUUUCUCGCCAUCUAAAAGCAGACGUAGCUCUAACACAGCAGAGCAAGGCUGUGCUGUGGUGGUGAGCUGCCCCUCUCUGCUCCUCCCUCUGCUGCUCCCUCGACUCUACCCUCCUCUCUUUACCCUGUACUGCCUGCAGGAGGAGCAGGAGGAGGCCCAAUACUGGGAGCGCAUCCUUCGACUCAACAAACAGCCUGACCAGUCGCUGCUCAGCUUCCUGGGAGUGCAGGAGAAGUUCUGGCCAGUGUGGAUGUCAAUUCUGGGAGAGAAAAAGCAGAUUGUGUCCAGCAGUAAAGACGCCUGCUUUAUUUCUGCUGUAGAGACGCUCCAGCAAAUCAGCACUACCUUCACUCCCUCAGACAAACUUGUGGUAAUCCAGAAGACGUUUGAGGAGUUGACACAGGAAAUAAAACCCAUGGUGGAUGGUGAUUUCCUGUGGUGCAUGGAUGACCUGUUUCCUCUUUUCCUUUAUGUUGUGGUCAGAUCUAGGAUCAGAAACCUGGGCGCUGAGGUCAGUCUCAUAGAAGAUUUGAUGGAUCCCAACAUUCAGCAUGGAGAAGUGGGAAUGAUGUUCACAACACUGAAGGCCUGCUACAUCCAGAUCCAGCACGAGUCGACUUCAUAGAAACGGACCGGAGACAUGUCAUGAACAUUUCAUAGGACAGAAUUCAUAGGAAAACAACACAUCGCCAUCUUCUGGACAUGUUGGAAAACUACUCUAUCAUCUCCACAACUUACGGUUGUAUGUUGCUGUCAGUUGUUUGUAAUACAUCAGAUCAGUUUCCAUUUCUAAGUUUACAGUAUUUCCCUAAGGGUAAGAUAUUAAAAUAUACAGUAAGCUGUCGAUGAGGUAUAUUUUUCCUGUUUCAUCUGCUUUCUGUGAGAACUUGCCAACACUCCAGGAAAAGGGGACUGGCUGCAUUACUGACAGACUCUGAACCAGACCUCUUUUUAAAGGGCUAAUAAUUGGAAUAGAAAUGUAAAUGUGUUUCUAAUGGCUAAGCACAGCUCAAAGGCGACAUCAGUGUUUUAAAGUUGUGAUUUGCAUCUGCAGGCGGGUUUCAAUUGUAACAGAUGUUUCCUUAAUGGCAGACUAACGGUGCAUUUAGCACAGUAAAUUCACAGUUGAAAAUAUCCAAAUUUAAUGUCAUCUAGCUAUAGUUACCUUUGAGAUUGGUGCUUGUCAAAGACAACCUGACAGACGUUAUGUUGGCUUUGGCAAAACCGUACACACUUCAGUAUGUUUUUAGCACCCAGCAUUUUAAAGAGUAAAGGUAGCAUUACCUCAGUACUUUUCACUGGAACCUUAAGACAUGAGACACGGUUAGAGAUUAAUAAAGCAAGGUCAGACUGAACUCCACAAUCACCAGGUCAGGAAGCUGUAAGCAGUGGAAAGGGAAAAUUUUCACAUGUUUGUGAAAUUCGUCUAUUCCUGCAGUUGUAAAUCAUCUGCAAAUAACUUGCUUUACACAGAUAGAAAUCAAAAAUCCUCCUUUUUUGAAAUGUCCUCUCUCUCCACAAAGCGCUGUAGCUCUACAUUGUAUCUUUUGAGCACAGGAGAGGUUCGGAAC